GGACUCUAAUGCAAUGGAUCUAGAUUCUUGGUCUCCUUUUUCAUACUGCAAAUCUCAGAAAUCCAUGCUUUUAUGCUUUUAUUCUCUGUAUAUAAGCAUUUUCUGCAAAACCCAUCUGGGAUUAGUGCUCUAGUUGACCAACAUCCAUGCUUCUGUGGUUUUAUGGUUUUAUUCUUUGCAGAUAAUCAUUCCCUGCAAAGCCCAUUUGGUAUUAGUUUUUUAAUUAGCUAUUUAGUGACUAAUCUGGUUGUUUAUUUAUUUUACUAUGAUUGUUUUUCUUCUCUUUAUUAUUAUUAUUUUAUGUGUGUAAUAGGUAUAGAGAUUUAUUUUAAUCAUUUGAUUUUGUAAUAUAGGGGAAAAAAAUGGUUACUUGGGUCUCAUUUGAGUAGGAACUUUAUAUCUUUCUGAGAGAAUUUAGGACAAUUGUUAGGACAUUCUCCAGUAGUUUAGGUCAGCAAAUCCCAUCUGGCUUGGGUCCUUUCAGCGAAGAAGAAUUUUUCUUUCUUUUGGUACUGAAAGGUUUUUGAGUGCAUCUCAGCUCUGCAAUGAAGAUAAAACUUCUAUGCCCCAGUCCAUGCAGAAACGUUUGAUUAGAGAUCCGGUGAUGGCCAAUCAAUUUAGAUGUUUUAGGACUGUGAUUUGGGUUUUUCUCAAUUCUCUUUAGAUCUGAUCUACAACCGCCGUAGUAGCCAUUUAUCCUCUGCAACUUUCUCUUCUUAUCAUUCCAUGUUUAGCUAAAACAUGGUGUCGUACAAGAUUUUGGAUUAAGACUUGCCACUCGCUUAUCAAAUCAUAUGAGUGAGAUACACGUUCCGAAAAGCUUAUCAGAAAGUUAGAUUUGUUUGAGAAUUCUGUAGAGAGCAAGAAAUGAGGUCUGUGGAGGACAAGGGAUGCUCCAAUUACAGACCAAUUCAGGACACUUCAAGCAUCAAUGCUUGUAGUUUUGAGUUUCACAAUGGGAACCGCACGAACAAGGGUUCUCAUCAUCGACAAGUCUUGGGUUCGGUCAGCAAACCGGCUCCUUCGAAGUGGGAUGAAGCCCAGAGGUGGGUAGUCGACUUAUCUAGUGGCAGUGAUUCAAGCCAUGAGAAGAAUAAGCCCUGGGACACUAAUGUGGAUGAUAGAAGGCUGGUCGGUCCAAUUCGCACAAAGGGAAAGGAUUCUUGUAGCAGUUUUGACGGUGGGCCAAAAAUCAUAAAUCAAGAUGAAGGGGAGAUGAAGAAGGUAGACUGUAACGAGGCAUUUUGUUGGGUCAAUAAACCUUUGGAAGAUACAUUGUCAGCAAUGAGAUCAGUUUCUGUGAGAGAUAUGGGGACAGAGAUGACCCCCAUUGCUAGUCAAGAGCCUUCCAGAACGGGCACUCCACGCAGAGCCACAACACCAGCCAUAAGGAGUCCUAUUUCUUCUAGGUCAUCCACUCCUGAAAGGUCCCAUCAACAAGCUCAGAUGCUCGAGAGCUACCAAAUGGGUCUUGGGUCAUUGGAGAGUAGAAGUGAGGCUAUUCCUUUUGGUGGGGUAGGUUCGACUGGAUGGUCAACCAGAGAGGAGCUGGAUGCUUCUAACAUGAUUGAGAAGAAUGGCUCAGAGCAAGCUAGAAAGCACAAUUCUCUGGAGACCCGAGCUAUUGCUUGGGAUGAAGCCGAGCGUACAAAAUACAUGGCAAGAUAUAAACGUGAAGAGGUGAAGAUACAAGCCUGGGAAAAUCAUGAGGAAAGAAAAGCUGAAAUGGAAAUGAAGAGGAUCGAGAUGAAGGCUGAAAGACUGAAAUCUCGUGCACAAGAGAAGCUGGCAAACAAACUAGCAGCAACACGAAGAAUAGCAGAAGAGAGGCGGGCAAAUGCUGCAUCCAAACUAAAUGAGCAGGCCAUGAGGACUUCCGAAAGAGCAGACUAUAUUCGGAGGACUGGACAUUUGCAGUCUUCCUUCUACUUCAAGAUGCCAUCACUCUGCUGUUCCUAUCAUUGGACUCUAUGGUAGAAUCAGCCGAGGAGAACUGAGAGGUGGUGGUUUACCUUGUGGCGGAUGUCAGCAGUUCGCGUUUGCUCAUCUCCAGCUCGUUCUCUUAGCUGAUGUGUAGCGCCCAAUUUUUCUUAUUCUGCAGUUCCAUCUAUGAUUUAUCAUUCAUGGACAUUGAUAAUAUUGUGUACUUAGAUUGUGGAUUUUGCUGCCAUUUUUGCAUCUUUGGAGCUCCAAA